CUGAGUUUUCAGUGUAUGUUUUGCAAAAUAAUGACGUGUGAUGCUGCAUGAUGACUUUUAUGUUGAAAGUUUUCACCGGAAGCCUGACAAGGUGCUGGUGCGGCUGACAGACCGGGACGUGAGUGGGAGAGCAGAACAGGUUUGAUCUGCAGACUGACGCGACGUCUGGCGGAGUGAUGACCGAGCUGUCCCUGCUCUGGAGGUGGACGCUGUAUUUCGGUGGAUUUCAACAUGAGCAGCUCGGUUUGUGUGUAGAACCUGGUCUCUAGAUCACACUGUGUCAUCAACCUGGCGCACUGAGUCUCCGGAGGACGGGGACAGUGACUUGAAGCAGAGGGACGGGGACUGGAAGCAGCAAAGACACGAUAACAAAGAGGAUUCAAGGAAGUAGGUUGCUGCCUGCCGAGGCAGCAGACGAAGUGAGGCAGCAGGACCUGCUCACCAUGGCUGACCGCAGACUACUCCGGGCUGCUCUCAUCUCACUGUUGUUUCUUCUGUGCGUGGACGUGGGGGUUUUUCGGGUUCAUGGGCAGUACGGUGGCGGCGACCGAGGAAUGUCUAUACCGGAGCACGGUUUCUGCCAGCCGAUCUCCAUUCCGCUGUGUACGGACAUCGCGUACAACGAGACUAUCAUGCCAAACCUGCUCGGUCACACCAACCAAGAGGACGCGGGGCUGGAGGUCCACCAGUUCUACCCGCUGGUUAAAGUUCAGUGCUCCCCGGACUUAAAGUUUUUCCUGUGCUCCAUGUACGCGCCUGUGUGCACGGUGCUCGAGCAGGCGCUGCCUCCGUGCCGCUCUCUGUGUGAGCGCGCUCGGCAGGGCUGCGAGGCGCUCAUGAACAAGUUCGGCUUCCAGUGGCCCGACAGCCUCGCAUGCGACUCCUUCCCGGUCCACGGUGCGGGAGAGCUGUGCGUCGGGCAAAACAUGUCGGACCGCACGGAGCCCGACGGCUCCGGCCCUUACCCCACCGAGCGCACAAUCUCAGACCCCAUUAGCGGUCAGUUCAGGUGCCCGGCCUCGCUCAGGGUGCCUCCCUACCUAAACUACCGAUUCCUCGGUCAGGAGAACUGUGGCGCUCCAUGUGAGCCAAAGAGGUCUCAUGGGAUGAUGUACUUCACCGAGGAGGAGCUCAAAUUCGCGAGGAUAUGGAUCGGUAUCUGGUCCGUGUUGUGUUGUGCUUCCACCUUAUUCACCGUGCUGACAUACCUAGUGGACAUGAAACGCUUCAGCUACCCAGAGCGGCCCAUCGUCUUCCUGUCCGGCUGCUACACCAUGGUGUCCAUCGCAUACAUUGCUGGAUUUUUACUGGAGGACAAGGUAGUUUGUAAUGACCGGUUUGACAAUGACAUAAGCACGGUGGUGCAGGGCACUAAGAAGGAGGGCUGCACCAUCCUCUUCAUGAUGUUGUACUUCUUCAGCAUGGCCAGCUCAAUCUGGUGGGUCAUUCUGGCUCUCACCUGGUUCCUGGCUGCAGGGAUGAAGUGGGGCCACGAGGCCAUCGAGGCAAACUCUCAGUACUUCCACCUGGCAGCCUGGGCCGUCCCGGCCAUCAAGACAAUCACCAUCCUCGCUGUGGGGCAGGUGGAUGGAGAUGUGUUGAGCGGGGUUUGCUUUGUGGGCAUCAACAGUGUGGAUGCACUGCGGGGCUUUGUCUUGGCCCCGCUGUUUGUUUAUUUAUUCAUCGGAACCUCCUUCCUCUUGGCGGGCUUCGUGUCUCUAUUUCGCAUUCGGACCAUCAUGAAGCAUGACGGCACCAAGACGGAGAAGCUGGAGAAGCUGAUGGUGAGGAUAGGGAUCUUCAGUGUGCUCUACACUGUGCCGGCCACCAUAGUCAUCGCCUGCUACUUCUAUGAGCAGGCCUUCAGGGAGCAGUGGGAGAGGACGUGGAUCAGCCAGACGUGUAAGACGUAUGCUGUGCCGUGUCCGGCACAGAACCACCCCAACAUGAGUCCUGACUUCACAGUCUUCAUGAUAAAGUAUCUAAUGACUCUCAUUGUGGGCAUCACUUCUGGCUUCUGGAUCUGGUCUGGGAAGACCCUUAACUCCUGGAGGAGGUUUUACACAAGACUGGCCAACAGUAAACAGGGUGAGACCACAGUGUGAUAUGGCUCAGCCUCGGCCCUCCAACAGACUGCAUAGUGACAGACUGAAUGAUAAUCCUCUUUAUUAUUUCCUUUUCCCACUAUGGACUUACAGCAGACGCUUGAUAUAUUUUUUAAUGUACAUAUACAUGUGUGAGAUUUUUUUUAAGUAUAUAUUUGUAUUUAAAGAUUUUUUUAAAAAAAUUAUCUCUUAAAAAAAAAAAAAAACACUUUGUUUUUUUCAUACUUUGGACUUAAUAGAAUUGUAGGUAAUUAUCAGAGCCAGCUGACCAUCAAGGAUUCAGGUCUCAUGACCCGGUUUAAUGUGGACACCACUGGGAGUAUUUCACAUUGAGAGUGUGUGUCUUUGAUCAGUGAACUGCUGGGGAGCAGUGGGUCUAUUCUAAGCAGAGUCCCGUGAAACCCAAGUGCUUCCUCGUGGCUCCCACUUAUCCUGAUUAACCAGCUGUAGUCUGUGUCUGUUCUCUUGAGCAGCAGUUGCUCGGUUCUGAAGGGAAAUAUCAGCAGUGUGGGACAAGAAACAGCGGCAGGUUGUGAAUGAGAGUCACAGUGACAGAUGGUCUGGCCUGCAGCUCGGCCCUGACAGUUCUAACAUUCCCUUCCAAAUAAGGCACACAUACAUGUGAGCUUAAAGGACCAUACUGGUGUUUUUAUAAGUCUCAGUUUGGAAAAUUGUUUAUUUUACACUUUUACCUUCUUUUAGGCAGUGCAGGCUAGUUGCAUUUCUCCUCAUGUCCUGGAGACAGUUUAGCUUUUAUUGAGAGCUCAGCUCCUAAGUCAACUUACAGGCCCUUAAAACGUGCUAGAGUUAAACCCAUAAUGGACAGUGACGUGUGAAGUGAUGAUGGUGGACAUGAUGCAGGUGUAUGUGCAGUCCUCGCAUUAUGAUGCAUUGAUUUCCAAACUUUCAUGAAAUGAAAGCAGAUAAAAUCUUCACUUAUAUUUAACUGACAGGUUUCAAGACUGCAAGUUGAUUUCAUCUGUGGCUAAAUUAACUCAAACUAGGGGCUGCCUGGUAGAAGGAAAAUGAGUUUUAAAAUGGCCAACCGUAAUGCAAGUCAUGUGCUACAAGGGUUUGAACAUGCAAAAAUGCUUGUGGUGUUAAUAUUCAGAACAGCGAGAACAGUGUGUGUGUGUGUGUGUGUGUGUGUGUGUGUGUGUGUGUGUAAUCAGAUUUCUGUAUUUAAACCCAUUUUCUGUCUCCAGUUCUGUGGCAGUUCCUUGGACACCCUUUGAGCCUUUACAGUUUGUUGUGUUUGUUUUUAUGUGUAGCCUGUACUGAUAACUGAUUUGUCCCACAACAACGUGCAGGUUCCAAAUGUUCUAAUGUGGCAUUGGAUGGUUUUGGUUAUAUAUGAGAGUCUUGUCUUCUUGUGAGAUUAAAAAAGUACAUUUCAAAACAUGA